AAUAGGACAACCACAUUGGGGGUCUUCCCCUGGCUUCUAGGAUACUCCAGCAGGGAAAGAAGAAAGACCCACAAGAUGCCCCGCCCAUGCAGAAAAAGGGGUGACAAGGCGCCCAGCAUGGUCAUAGGAUCAAGAGCCAGAGAACUCAGGAGAAGAGAUGGGGGAACUCUAGAGCAAAAGGAAAACCAGAAGAAAGGAUAUGUACCCCCUGAUUCUGGCCACUUCUCCAGGGUCUGCUGCAGCUGGGAGUGAUUGUCUCCAAAGCAUCAGGGAACUUAAGGGCUCUAGAAGCUGAGAGGAAGGGGCAGCCAGGGGGUGAGUGGGGCAGGGUGAGAUUGCUUGUGUAAGACUAAAAGGAGGGGCAAUGUUUAGGAUGAAGUCAGGAAAGAGAAGAAAAGCUAGGGAAGUGCAGUGGGCCCAAAGGUAGGAUUCAAGGAGAGUGGGACCAGGGAAAGGAAACUUUGGAAUUGGGCUAUAUGCUCAUUCCCAGAGAUGAACAUCAAUAGGAUCAUGGAAUUUUAGAAACUGGAAGGGACUCAGAAUUAGGGUCAGGAAUAUAGUUUAGCACCUUCCUGUGCAGAAAAUAAUCCUAUAGGAGCAAAUCAUAUUUGCUCUGAUUUGGAGAUGAAAAAAGUUAUAGGUUCAUGUGAUUGGUCUAAGUGACAGACCUGUUUUUAGGACAUCUUUUUUUAUGUAAUAUAUCCUUAGCUAGAUAGAGGAUCUUUCCUUCAAAUGAACCAAUAUGUUUACUAUUUCUAGUCUAUUUGAAAAGUGCUUUGGGAUGUAGUGGAAGGAGGCUGGGAAAAGGUCUGUUCCUAUCAGUGGCCUUGGCCACCUCCUUUCUUCAUAUACCAGUUUUAGAGGUUCUCUAGGGUAAGAUCCCCAGCUAGUAGGCUUCUUUUUAGAAAGGACUCGGGACGCUCACCCUUCCUUCCCCCCAUUUGCUGCCAGCAUUCUGACCUCUCCAUUGGCUACCCCAUCCUUUUAAACUGACCGGCUUUGUGACCUCAUUCUCCCGCCAAACCUGUUGCCCACCUGGUGGAAUCUUUAGGGUUUCCAUGGAGCUGCCCGUAAAUAAACUUGGACCAUCGCAAGUGACCAGUCACAUUCAUACUGGACACAUGCUCUUUCUGACUUCAGUCACCUGGACAACUACAGGAGUCGUUUCUUCAUACCACGUGGCCUUAGUUGAUGUUUUCUCUUCUCUAAUCAUGGCAGAAAACUUCCAAAAUCCAUCCAUGCUUGGGACCCCUAAUCCUCUGCACCUCUCCUUCCCAGUGGUAAACAGCACUGGCAACCUCUGCAACUUCUCCAGAGUCUCGGCCCCAGCCAUCGGCUCUGCCUGGCUCCUGCCCUCUGCCUCUGGCGUGCCUUUCCCCCCACUCAUGGGCAGUACCUACCUCUACCAGCACUCCAGCACCACCAUCCUGUCUGGAGUCCCUGGGCAGGGCCAGAUUUCCACUCCAGCCGCCUCCUCCUACCCAGGCAUAUAUGAGUGGGACAUGUCUGGAAGUAGUGGGGAGAAGCCAUCUCUUGGAGACUUCACUGUGACGGUCAUCGGUCAGGACACGCCAACUUCCGCGAUACCAGCCCCAGCCCAGUAUGAUAAAGCUGCAGAUGCCAAUACUGUGGUACCCCUCUACCCACAAUUAUCAGCUAGCCUUGUGCAGCAGGGGGCGUCCCCACAAAUGCCAAGUCAGGGGCCCAACAAUGUGUCUGUCCCUUACCAGAAUGGAAGCCAAGUUUAUUACUACAAUCAAGGAGCCCUGGGGCCCCUCCUCACGGGUGAGCUUGGCCCUUGCAUGCAGUCCUAUGGAUCUGUGUCUUACAAGGGAGGUAGGACCCCUUCGGUACCAGUGGCAUCUCAGCCAGAGAUGGUGAUGGUCCUCAAAGAGGUCCAGCCCCCUGGAUCCCGACCACCUGUCUCCACCUCAGGCCUGUAUUACCCUGUUCGGGCCCAGCCAGUCAAAGAUUCAGGUUUCCAAGUGAUGGAGACUUCCCUGGGGCUGCAGCCUACUGCCCGAACGUUCUCUUUGCCACAAACCCUGGAACUCUCCAAGUCCUGGGGGGGCAACGGAAGCAACCUUCAGAUUCUUGAGGGCACUCCACCAGCAGAAGUUGCUGGGGACAGCUCCUUGGCAACCCCGUCCCAGAAUUCCGGAAACUUACUUGCCCUGCCUCCCGCCCCAAACAUUGAGCUCAAGGAUAAGAAGAAUUUGGCAUGCCUUGAGAAGGAGAAAUGGAAAGUGGAGGGAGUGAAGGCCAAGUUCUCGCAGACUCUGGAUCCCUGCCAUGUCCCUUUGGAAAUACAGGAUCCUCCACUCCUUCCCUUGGAGAUCCCUGAUAUUAACCAGCUUCUGGCGUGCAUCGAUCCUCUCUGCCCUGAUGCUCUUAAAGAAAGUACUAGUCCAAGGGAAUGCCAUCUGGUGAAGAAUGGCCUGAGUCUUGGUGAUCAAGAGGCACUAGAGAAUGGGAUGGAGCCCAUUCCCAGUCUCACUGAUAUCAACAAACUGGUGGAAGAUUUCCGCCUUCCCCGUCUCCUCUCUCCCUUGAAGGAGGUUGACCAGCCCAAAGGUCUCAGGGCCACCAAACCCAAAGUAGUCAAAACGGCCAAAGUGGUCCGGGUGCAAGGAAAACCGUGUACAGGCAAGGAGCCUUCAGACCCUACCAAGAAAACUAAACGUAAAGUUCCCGAGCUGAUGGCCACUGUUCUGCCGGCCAAAGUCUUGCCAAGAAACCCAGACUGCCUGCUUGCUGGGGAUAUGGCAGCUAUCUCUGGUUCUGUGGCCAAUGAGUUUUCUCCCCUGGAAAUGGCAAAAUCGACCAAUGGCAAGUCUCGAAAAGCCCCGAACAGCAGAACCAGCAAGACCAAAUGCCCCAGCCAGGAGAAAAUGGAGGGAACCGGAGACACCUGUUAUGAGAAAGUGGAAGGGAAUGAGCCUCCUGGGGGUCGAGCUAAACCGGAGGAGAAGCCGGCCCUUCCCAAGAUGAAGCGCAAGAAGAACCAUCCCGAACUCAGUCAAGAGGCCUUUAAGAAGCCCCGGAGCUUCCUGGGUAUGCACAUGCUGGAGUCAGUUCAGGUGUUUCACGCCCUGGGCAAGAAGAACGAUAAGAUGGCUGGCCCUGUCCAAGUCCCCCAGCCAACUCCAGGGAUCAAACAGUGGCUGGAAACCCCAGCAGAAGGCCAAGGUCCUAUGAAAACUCAGGUCAGCCUCCUUGCAGCCGCCAAAGCCAAAGUUCGGAAACCGGAGGGCAGUGCUGAGAACCAGUGUCCAUCUCCAUCCCACACCAAGCCACCACCUCCGGGGAAAGUCAAGUUGGUGCCUUUGCCUUUUCCGACCUUAGACAGGCCUUUGACUCGGCCUAUUCCUCGAAAACCACAGCCCUUGGCUCCCCACCGGCUUUCUACCACCAACCCUGCCCGUCUGGGCAAUCCGGCUCAGCCCGGUCCCUCCAACCCCGCCCGGCCCGUGUCGGCUGUACCACCUCAGUCGGCUCCUCCUCGGCCCAUGCUUCUGAAAUCAGCACCUUGCCCUUCUCCCCAGCUGCAGCCGUGUCUCCCGAGCCACCUGGUCCUGUCCAUCUCCCCAGAGUCGGCUGCCAGCACCUCCUCCAAACAGGCGGUGGUGGUUAUGACCCAGCCGCAGCCUCAGGCUCAGUUCCAACCUCAAGAUUUCUGCUUUCAGCCAAUCCCAUGGAGGAAGCCGAAUGUCCCUGAGCCUGUGAUGUCAAAGCCUAUCACCAAAGAGCAGAGGCCUGAGCGAGAAGCCAUGAAGAGGCAAGCUCAGCGGGAGCGAGAGAAUGCCGCCAAGUAUACCUCCUUGGGCAAGCUGCAGUUUUUCAUUGAGCGGGAAAAAGACUUGGAAAUUGCAAGGCGUUAUGGCUACAUGAUCUGAUCAGAGCAGCUAGGACUCUUGGGCCUUCUGGGUACCAAAUGUUUGUAUAUAUAUAUAGAUAUGCAUGUCCCUAUUUAUUCUGAUACUUCAAUAAACCGUUAAUAGAGCUGUUCUGGUCAGGGACAAGAUGGAUGAGCAAUGA